AUGCUCAAGCAAGUGGAUGGUCUCGCCACAAGGUUGGAGGAGGUUAUAAAUAGGCCAAGGUUUAAGGAACUCAGUCAUUUGUUCGAGGAACAUUCGAAGCUCACAUACCAAAAGGAGCAGCUGGAAAAGGCUAUCGACAAUAUGCAAAAAACGCUCAUGUCGCAUCAAGUGUCUAUUCUUAAUGCUCUCAUCGCCACCUUUGAUUUGGCAACCAAGAAGGCCUUCCCACAGCUGACUUCCGUGUCAACUGUCGUAACACCAAGCUCGCAUCCAAAUUUCGGUGAUUAUCAGUGUAACAAUGGUUUGAGUUUGGCCAGACAACUCUCUGCUAACGGCACGAAGAUAUCUCCAGUUGAUGUUGCCACCAAGAUUUGUGACCAUCUAGUAAAAGGGUCGUUAGUUGAAAAGGUUGACAUCGCAGGACGUGGUUUUAUUAACAUCUUUAUUUCCCGGAAUUUUGUUGAGGAAGAGGUCACGAAAAUUGUCCGUCUUGGUUUCUCCUUGCCUCCGCCGCAGCGCUGCCUUAAGUGUAUUGUGGACAUGUCCAGUCCCAACAUUGCCAAGGAGAUGCAUGUUGGACAUCUUAGGUCGACCAUCAUUGGAGAGAGCGUUUCUCGGCUCCUCAAAUUCAUGGGUCAUGACGUGUUGAAGCUCAAUCAUCUGGGUGACUGGGGUACGCAGUUUGGCAUGUUGAUUGCGCACCUGAAGGAUACUUUUGAGGAUCUCGGUGACAGACCUUUGCCCAUUACGGAUCUGCAGAAGUUCUACCAGGAGGCAAAAGUGCGUUUUGACAAGGAUGAGGACUUCAAGAGGCGGUCCUAUGAUGCUGUGGUCAAGCUACAGUCCUACGAUCCCGAACACAUUAAGAAUUGGGAAAAGAUUUGCGAUGUCUCUAAGCUGGAAUUUGAUGACAUUUACCGUCGUCUGGACAUUAAGAACCUCGUUCCACGUGGCGAAUCCUUUUAUCAGUCACGGAUGAUCGGGCUUGUGGAGUACCUUGACGAACGCGGUCUACUGGAAUUCGAUGACGGUCGAAAGAUAAUGUGGGCUUCAGGGUCAAGUGUCCCUUUGACCAUAGUUAAAUCCGACGGCGGCUUUACUUACGACACCUCUGAUUUGACAGCAGUUCGCCAGCGAGUUGUUGAAGAGGGUGGUGAACGAAUUAUUUACGUUGUUGACUCGGGCCAAAGUUUGCAUCUACAGAACAUCUUUUCUGCUGCUCAAGCCUCUGGUUUAGCGGAUCCUGCUCGUACUAAGUUGGAGCACAUUCCUUUCGGCGUUGUGCUUGGGGAGGACAAGAAGAAAUUCAAGACUCGAUCGGGCGAAACUGUAAAGUUAAUUGAUCUCUUGAAUGAGGGGGUGGAUCGAGUGAAAAAGAAGUUGGCUGAAAAGGGCAGGGAUAAGGAGUUGACUCCGGAGGAACAGUGGAUAGCAGCUGAGGCCAUUGCCUAUGGUUGUAUAAAGUAUGCUGAUCUCUCGCACAAUAGGAUCAAUGACUACGUCUUCUCUUUUGAUAAGAUGUUGGAUGACAAGGGCAACACAGCCGCCUACCUUCUCUACGCCUACACUCGAAUUCAGUCUAUCGUUCGAAAUACAGGCUGGAGUAAGGAGAAGCUUGCCGAAGUGCAUGAAACCGCUCAUAUUAACUUGGAGCAUCCAAAAGAACUUAAACUGGGUAAGAUGCUCUGCCGUCUGCCAGAGGUUUUGAUCAAGCUGGAGGAGGAUCUCUUUUUCAAUAAACUAUGCGACUACCUCUAUGAACUUAGCGGUGUGUUCACGGAGUUUUAUGACUCUUGCUAUUGCAUAGAACGUGAGAACGGUGAAGUAGUGAAGAUCCACGAGUCGAGGAUCUUGCUUUGUGAAGCAACGGCUGCGAUAAUGAAGACUUGCUUUGAUAUUCUUGGAAUUAGGACAGUAGAAAAGAUGUAA